CGCAGUGUGGCGCUAAAUGUGGAGUACACAGCGCGGUUUUACCGAUUUUCCUGCAAAAUCGACGUAGAACUUCAGUGAUAGUGGUAAAGUGACAAACAAACAAACGUGUCUAAUUAGUGCUAGUGAUUCCAUGUGACCUACAGGAAUGGACACGGCACGUGCGAGGUGUUAGUGUUGUCAGUUACAAAAUAUAUUUAUGAUUGUGUUUGUGAAGUGAUGUGGUUCAUAGACACUACGAAACAAAUGCGGCGACGAAAAAGUUGUCGUUACCGAAUACAGCGGCAGUGCAAUGCAAUUUAAGAUGUUCUCUAUCGUUGGUGUUCUGACAGGAUGCUUCGUUUUAGCGUCUUCUCAGCUGCCCCCUGGCUUGCCAACAAUAACGCAUGUGGAGAGAAACUGGUUCGUGAUGUCCACUGAUCCAGUCGGCUCCAUAGUGACCAGGGUCACAGCGGACCGCAGCGGUGGCCAGCAGAUGAUAUUUGGCCUGGAGACCACUGGACCUCCGACGCCCUUCACAAUCAAUCCUCAGACGGGAGUCGUGUCCGUCAAUGAUACUCUUAGUGAUAAGGAAAACCGUUCAUACUCUCUUUGGGUAACUGCAUCAGAUGGGUCAUCGAUUCCGCAAAGAACUGAAGUUCUCGCAACGGUCACAGACAACACCGGCGUAAGACCCAACUUACCUCGCCCACCGCCCUUCGCCCUGCCCAACUACCCAAACAUACCCAUGCCACCAAAGUUCAGACCUCAAACCACCAAAAAACCGAAACCACCAAGAGUCGAAGAAACCACAGUACCUGCAACCACUCCUGCUAGCGUUAACACAACUAACAUUUACGAUUACAAAGUCGUUGAAGAAGAGAAGAAACCACAGAAUAAUACUCAAGCCACCGUUGAUACGCCGAGUGGAUCAGACGUGCCCCUAACGGUGAUACCGGUUGUGGCGAUCGGUGGUUUGGUGGUAGUGGUGGGAGCUGUCAUUUUAUUCGUGUGGAAGAAGAAUCAUGUGGCCAGUUCAAAAACGAAGAAAGAUGACAUGACCAAAGACUCAAGCGGUAUAGUACUGCAGGACGCUUCCCUCAACAUGUGGGACCGUCCCCGGGCCUAUUCCAAUCGGUACGAAUCCUGGGACAACGGCCAUUUGCAGCUGGCCGAAGAAACCAGUCUGAGCAAGGACGAGCCGCGAGACGAAUGGGAGUUCCCUAGACAUCGUCUAAGAAUAUUCAACAUAGUUGGCGAAGGCGCCUUCGGACAGGUGUGGCGGGCGCAGGCUAUAGAUAUCGACGGAAAAAAGGGGGAACAAACCGUAGCCGUUAAGACGUUGAAGGAAAACGCAUCGGAGAAGGAAAAGACGGAUUUGUUGCAGGAACUCGUCGUUAUGAAGAAUUUGGGCACCCAUCCGAAUGUCGUCCGUCUUGUCGGAUGUUGUACGGAAAAGGAGCCUACCCUGGUGAUAAUGGAGUUUGUCAGCCUGGGCAAGCUGCAGCAGUUCCUGCGAGAUUCCCGCGCUGAGCGUCACUACGGGAACACGCACGGGGGCAGCCAGUUCCUCACGUCACGGGAUUUGACGCACUUCGCCUUCCAAGUGGCCAGGGGCAUGGACUUCCUCAGCUCUAAAGGGAUAAUACACCGAGACUUAGCGGCUAGGAAUGUCCUUAUCACGGAGGAGAGGACGUGCAAAGUCGCGGACUUCGGUUUCGCCAGAGAUAUCGGGGGCACACAGGUGUAUGAGAGAAAGAGCGACGGCCGGCUUCCUAUAAGAUGGAUGGCCCCCGAAUCGUUGUACGACGACAUAUUCAGCGUGAAGUCUGACAUCUGGAGUUUCGGCGUGCUGCUGUGGGAGAUCGUGACGCUGGGCUCCACGCCCUACCCCGGCCUGUCAGCUGGUGACGUCAUGAAAAAGGUCCGUGACGGCCACCGCCUGGAAAAGCCGGAGCAUUGCAGGCGGGAGCUGUACAACAUCAUGUACUACUGCUGGGAAGCGGAUCCGGCCGGAAGACCAGACUUCAAGGAAGUGGUGGAGAUGCUGGAACGGCUUCUCUGCACGGAGAUGGACUAUAUCGAGCUGGAGCGCUUCCCUGACCACUCCUACUACAACGUCCAACAUUUGGACGGCGAGAAACUGUAAUAUCAAAGAUAGAUUAGUAGUGUACAUAGUUGCUUCAUUUUGUAUGUUUAGUUAAUUCUAUUCGGCUGAUAAUAAUAGUUUAAAAAGCACGCUUUUU